GAGUGUGUGUGAGAGAGCGUGUGUAGGAGAGAGAGAGAGAGAGCACUGCGAUUUGAAAAAAAAAAAAAAGAUGUCAUCGUGCAAAGGGAAGCGCCGAGGUGGAGCGGUAGGCCGCGGCCGGGCUCCGGCACCACUUGCCCGGGUCACCGCGUGAACGCAACACCGAGGCUUCGACAAAACACCCGAUUGGCCUGUGUGUUCGGGGUGGGAGGGGGGCUGACAAAAAUAACAACAGAGAUUUAUGAAUCGGUUCGUUUCUUCGUUUUUUUUUUCCAUUCCCUUAAUGUGUGACGUUUAAAACUAAAGCGAAUUAGAUUAACAUGAUGUGUUUUAAUUGCAUGUUGUAUGUAAGCUUUGUUUAAACUGUUAUUGCUUUCGUUCGUGUUAAGUUUUGCGACGGUUCAGCUAACAUUGCGAUUAGUUUAUUAUAUUAAUGUAGCAGUUAUAAUUAAUUAAUUAUCCGGUUUGAUCUGAACGCUUUAUGCUCAGGUUUUAAUCAGAUAUUUUAAAGUGAAAUUAUUAUUAUUAUUGUUAUAUAGCAUUGGUGUUAUUAUUAUUAUUAUUGCAGUGCUGCUGGGGAGGUUAAAUCAGAAAGUUUUAGUCUGUAGUUCUCUCUCUCUCUCUUACCUGAGCAACAACAUGGAUGCUGCAUGGAGCAGUUUUCUCUUCCAGACCACACCGACCCAAACCCAUCUGGAUGGCUCCCUCCAAUCAGAGCUCAUGCAGGUCCACGCGAGCUCGCCUCAGAGCCCGCCCACAGAGCCUGUCGCCACGCCCCCGUCGACUGUGGACACCACAGCCCUCAGUGAGGACCCUGUACCUGAAAAGCCCCCAGUUCGUCCAGGCCGUGCUGCUCACAUCUGUGCCAUCUGCAACAAGCAAUUCAAAAAUAGCUACAACCUGCGGCGGCACCAGUCUGUCCACACAGGUGUGCGUCUGAAGGGAGGAUCUACCCAGAACCGGGACGGCGGCUCUAAAGAGGCCACCGAGCCCCUGUCUCUCCUCCACCUCAGUAUAGUCCCCCCUACUUCAGGGCUUCCUGCUCCGCCUCCGCAGCCGCUACUGCUUACUCACGACACCGGUGAUUCAGUCCUGACCAGCACAGUCACGCCACUGCCCCCUCCGACUGCCAUCGUCAUGCCGACAGGGGAGCCAGUUCAGAGGCCGGUAAACCCAACCCCGAAUACUAAUGUGGUGCGCAAGAACCACGCCUGCGAGACGUGCGGGAAGGCCUUCCGGGACGUAUACCACCUGAAUCGGCACCGGCUCUCGCACUCGGAUGAGAAGCCCUUCUCGUGUCCCGUGUGCCAGCAGCGCUUUAAGAGGAAAGACCGGAUGAGCCACCACGUCCGCUCACACCAGGGUGGCGUCGAGAAGCCCUACAUUUGCUCGCACUGCGCCAAGGCCUUUUCUCGCCCUGACCACCUCAACAGCCAUGUUCGACAAGUUCAUUCUACAGAACGACCUUUCAAAUGUCCGACAUGUGAAUCGAGUUUUGCCACAAAAGAUCGACUCCGUGCUCACAUGAUCCGGCACGAGGAGAAGGUCCCAUGUCACAUCUGCGGCAAACUACUCUCAGCCGCUUACAUCACUGAUCACAUGAGGGUGCACAACCAGUCCCAGCAUCACGCCUGCCACCUGUGUAACAGAAGUUUCACGACGCUCACGUACCUGCGCAUCCAUGCUCAGAAGCACCACGGGCAGGAGUGGAAGGACAGCGGCUUCGGCUCCAGCGGUUCCGUUCUAGUGUGCCAUUUGUGCGGCGUGCACUGCAAGACCCUCACUCAGUUGCAGGGCCACAUGGGUACCCACAACCCCCCAGGCAGCAGCAGCGGAGAGGGAGCGCCUGACGGCACGGUGGUGCUGAGCAGCACAGACGGCGGCGGCGGCGGCGGCAUGGUGUCGGCCCCUGCUGUCUUCGUGAGCUCCAACACCAUGGUGGACCUGCUGGUCACCGACUGUUCCUGCAUCGCACAGGAGCCCCAGAGCUAGUACUGCAUGCCUGUAACAAACAUCUGUAUCCACACACACACACACACACACACACACGCACUCAGUUAGCAAACUGGACCUUUGUGAUAUGUCCUGUGGUAUGUAGGAAUGGUAUGUACCAGGACUAUUCAAUCAGCAGGUUUUAUUUUUAAAUAAUCCAGAUUUUUUUAAUGAUAUUAGCAUGUAACUACCUGAUAGGAAUCAAUAAAUUUUGGGGGGGAAUGUGUGACUCCGCAGUGAGCGACUGAAAAUGAACCUCCUGUUUAUAUUAAACAAGAAAACUUCUUUUUAAAUGAGGCCGUCCUCUCUGCACGUGCACACUAGUCGUCUUAGGAUCAUGGGAGGGAUACGGUACGCGCCAAAAUAUACAGUACUGAAACUCGCGCAUCUCAGACACGCGUUUGCAUUCGUCGACAAAGCAAAGCUACACACACACGUGUUGCCAGUCGUUGUGAGGAAAAAGAAUUCAUAGUAGAGUAUUGUUUCUGCUUAUACAGCUGUGAAUGAGGACUGAGUUUGAAAAACAUGACAGAACACACCAUCCCGUGUUCUUACACAACCUUUUGCAGGAGUCUGUAACAAAUUCUGUUCUGGGUUAAGAAUCAGUGAGAGGCUGCACACACACACACACACACACACUUCCAGGACUUACAUUAUGCAUACCGCGGUAAAUCAACAACGCUAUGAGUGUGUGUUAGUUUCUUCCAGGGAAAAUAAACUCUCAGAUGACAAAAAGGAAAUAUUGUUCGUAUUUUCAUUUAAGUACUGUAUAUUUUGGCGCAUACUGUACUUAUACAAAGGGUGUUCAUGUCAAACUGGGACUUUCAUCGACAUUCACUCACAACUAAUCGACAUCCACGCUCAGUACGAUGAUGAGACGCAUCAGCCGCAAUGAAACGUUUAAUACGUUUCUAAAAAGCCAGCACGUCCGUGAAUGAAGAUCCCGGCUAAGGUGGCUCGAAGCCCACUGCGGUCAAUCCUGAGUUGAACGCAUGUUCUGCGAAAAACGCAAAAUCAGUCACCAAUUCUGUCUGUGUGAACUGUACACACACACAUUCACCAACACCACUUGCACGUUACAGGAACUCGGCUGGGAGUUAUUUCCACGUCCACCGUACGGCCCUGACCUUCCUGGGAGGCCAGCGUUUCAGGCAUGAAGCAGGCAGUCUGAUCAUGUCUUUGGCCUGCUAAGAAAACUUUCUAUGUAGAUGGUGUCCGAAUACUGGUGAAACGCUGGGAUGCGUACAUUAGUGUAGCAGAGCAUUAUAUAGAGAAAUAAAGAGAGUUUUUUUGUUUUGUUUUUAAUAUCUCUCAUUAUUGUGUUAUUCUGUGCAGUCAUAAGUCCCGGUUUGACUUAAAACACCUGUAGUAGUUAUAUUAUGUACAGAACCGAUUGAAAUAAAGAAGGAGCAAAACAAUCUGCUUCCCAUGAAGAGUGGAAAUGAAAGCAUGCAGACGAGGAAGAAAAAAAUGGUGUAAUGAUUAUUCUACUUGACAUUUCGAUGAGGUUUAAUGAGGUUAACCUGGUUAAGCAGACAGAGCACAGCCCUGUAGUGUCUCGGUGUGGUUAUGUUAUUUACAGAAACACGAAUGUAGCUGCUUUUACUGUGAUCUAAUUACAGUUUUACAUUACAUAAAUGCUGUACAAAUUUAAAAACGUACAUUUAGUUUAUUGCUAAGUUUCUCUAGCCCGUUAAAAAAAAAAUUAACUGCUGACAAAAGCCCCGCCCCUUUCCUUAGAAGUGAAGUGGAUACGUCUGGCAAAACGAUAUAUGAUUGGACCUGAUUUUAGGGAUUUCCUUCCUUGAGGAAUGUUGAAGUCGUCAUUGCUGCUUCCUGUUUGUUACACCACACUAGCAUCAACGUCUUAUCAGUUGUAAUCUUUACGCCAUGAUUUGAUAUCAUUCUGUAUUUUCAUCGUCUAGUCACAAGUUAGCUGAUUGAUCCAACAUUCAUCUGAAAGUUCCGCACGUCUGCCUCGUUGCCUAAAAGAUCAGUACGAAUAAAAAGUAGAAAAAAGAAGAAAAUCAAAUCUGUGAAAUAAUCCUAAUCAGUCGUUUAGGCCGUGUGUUUGGUUAAAGCGUGGCUCUCGCACACAUUUUCUUUCCAUCACAGGAUCACAAUGAUUGAUGUACGUUGAUGAAAUAAUAGAUAUAUAGUGGCGUGUUUUAUUAUUACUAAAGUAUGUAUAUAGUUUUUGUGGUUUCCCUUCAUGAUGAAUAGCCCUGGUAUAUACUAUCAAUCUUUUUUUCUCUCUCUCUCUCUCUCUCUCUCUCUCUCUUUCUCUCUCUCACUUAACAUUGUUGAGCAAAUACUGUGAAAAAAGCUAUUACACAGCUAGCUGAGCAGUUCCCACACACACGCACUUAAUCUCACUAAUUACGCAGCCACUGUAGCAAAUAAGAAAGGGAACCUGAUGCGCAUGAACACUACUUGUACCAGUCUCCCCAGCACGCUGUAGAUCUCGAGUGUAUUAUUGCAACCCUGAUCGGAGGUUCGGCCUGAGAAGUCCACGGUGGCUUUCAAGGUGGCACGCGGGCGAUCCGAAACUUCAGUACCAUGUACGAUUGCACUGGCUGGAUUUCUUUCCACUUAUAUUUUUGUUCAUAGAAUCUGUUUCACUCUUAUUGCUGCAGGACACAAACGAUACUGUGAUUGUGACUUUCUACUGUAUUUCAUAUUCUGCGAUCUCUUUCUCUCUCUCUCUCUCUCACCUUUCUAUUUACACAAAUCAAAAACCAUGCAGAGAUAAAAAAAUAAAUAAAAAUAAGUUGUCUAAGUGAAAUAAAAUCAAAAGACUUUUAAACUCCAGAGAUGGAGCACCUCACACUAAACUUUAAAAGGCAAUGCUUUGGGAGAGUGUGUGUGUGUGUGUUUGUGUGGGUGUUUAAACAUGAAUAAGAGCAUUAAUGGUUUGGUAAAAAUGUGUCAAAAAAACAAGCAAGAGUUGUAUUCAGGAUCAGUGUGCACCUUAAAACAGUUAACCAGGAUUGUUUUGCUUUAGUGAAUUUGUUUAAGUGCUGGCUAAAGAAAGCCUCGUUAUUGAAAAAAGAAAAAAAAAAGUGAACGCUUGUUUGAUUUCAUUUAAUAAGACACUACAUCUUUAUGAUCUUCAAGCAAAUUAAAAGAAUGCAUAAUGAGGAAAUAGCUGAUGCUUGAUUUAUUUUUUUCAUAUCGCAAGCAAAAAAAAAUAGUAAUAAUAAUAAUAAAUGCUCCUACAAAAUGAAUGCAACUUAUUGCUUUUAAGAGAACUGAAGAAUUAUAUUUUGGCCAUGAUUGUUAUUAAUGCUGUGUUUUUCAUCAUGUGAAGCAAGUGUUUAAAGAAAGGGCUUAAAUCAAACAACUGAAUUUAAUAGUCAGAAAUGAGUAUAUAGUUCAUCUGUUGAAAUUGUUAAAGGAAGAAAAAUACAAAAAAAAAUUUUUUUUUGUUUUUUGUACUGGAGUGAUUAGUUUGAGCAGUUUCAUGUUGGUACUGUACAUGAUUGUUGUCAUUCACUAACUUAAUUUUUUAUCAUUUCUUUUUUUUUUUUUUGCUGUUUUAUAAUUUGAAAUUUCAUUUGAUCAGUAAUUGUUUAUUAAGCUCUGAAUCAUGUUUAGGUUGUUCUUUAUCUAGCACUAAGCUGAAUACCUCUCUCCUAUAGGAAUCAGUAGAGUUCCGGCACUGCAUCUCGAUGCCUUAUUGUAUCACUCUACCCUGUUUUAAUUAAUAAGACUCUAAAGGUAUUUUAAAUUGUAGGCUUGGAUUCAGUAUGAAAUAUUAAUGGGAUGUAUUUAUAUUUAUAUUUUUAUAUUUCUCAACAGUAUGCAUGCCUGUUAGCGAUUGUUAGAGCAAAACAAACAAAAAAAAAAGAAGAAUUAUGUUGAUGCUUACCAUGAUCAUGAAUAUUAUGUCAUUAUUUUGUAGAUUAUGUAGAUCAUGUUAUUAUUUUGUAAUUUUGACUAUUAAAAAAAAGAAAGGCAAGUAACGGAAGAUCUGGGUGAAACGUGUCACUUUUACUUUGUUAACGUUGAAUCGGGCAGAUGUAUCAGAUGCAUGCUUGGGAAAGAGUGACGUGUUUAAAUCCACUUUGAUUUAUUUUUACUUCAGCUCUUUGGUGGGA